AAGCUCGACCGAGACGUCGCUAUUUUCAUGUAUCACCUGCAGUUCUCAAUUAAUUAAUAACAAUAGUCAUGGACACCUUGCACGAACUGACUCGCGAAGACAUAUUGGAGCAAUUCAAAAGGGUAAACAUCCAUUUUCACACAGGACUUAUAGGGAGCUGCAUUUGACAAAUGCAAAGGAAUUGACGCUAGAUGAACUACGGGUGAUAUACAAAGGAUUCAUUGUGCCGCUGCCGCGCCGCGAGCCACGGGAUCGCCGUCCCCAGAAACCCAUGGAGAUCGAUCAGCUAACGGAGCGCAUUAAAGUGGUGUCCAUGGUUGGAGGCAAGCGACCGAUUGCGGAAGAACCCUGUUGCUCCAAUCAAUCUAGUCAUGAAGCCAAGCAAAUCAAGAUGGACCUCCAUUGACCCUUGCCUGGCAUCCGCUCGAUAAGGCAUUUGCCAACUGUGCGCCAGUCGAGAUGCAUCGUCUGCUGUUAGUCAUCGGCCUACUGAUCUUGGUGGCUGCCGCCGAAAUUUUUCCGGUGGAACCGGACUUGGAAGGCUACCAGGUGAUCCUGCGACGUGCUGCCAACAGCGCCGAUAAGCUGCAAGUUUUUCAAAGCAUUUGGGGAGCUAUACGGUCCGACUUUAUCGAUGAUACCGACAAGGUAAAAGGUCUUUACACCCAGCUGGGUAACUUCAUACGCACUGAUAUGCAGUGUACCAGUGGACCCACGGGGCGCUCGGCCUGUGAGUUGCAGCAGGAGGUGCGACGGCACCUGCGGUCACUGAUGUCGCAACGCCUGGCCAAUCUCAUCAAUGCCGAGGAGAGCAUUCAGUCGUAUGGCAUGUAUGUGGGAUCCAGCAUAGAACCGUCCCUAGUUCGUGACAUCCUAGAGCAUACCAUCGAAGACGUCUACUUCCACCGGCCGCUGGAGAAGCUCACUCAGCAACUGGACAAGCUGUACACGGACAGGGACGAAGUCAGCUUCAAAAUGAUGAUCGAGGCCCAGCUAUCGCUCUUCUGGCGCUACCAGACAAUGCACGAUAGCAACGAGGCCUUUCUGUUCAACAUGGCGCAUGCGGUGAGCAAGAUCCAGACCCAUCACAUGUAUGCCAGCGUGGACGCGUCGCUGCAACGGCGAGUAGAGGCACUGAAUCACAGUCUGCCGCCAGUGCUGGGGGCCCUCUUUCAUCCCCAAGGCUUCUGCUUGCUCAGUCGCGAUAACCGUGAGUAUUUGUAUACGACCAUCACUGAUGACUGGAACUACGGCCUCAACGGACGGCAGGUCUUCACUUGGCAUGAGCAGAACUAUACGGACUCGGCGGGUCUCAUUCGAGCGUUUGUCCAGGAGCAGCACUCCACGCCUGUGUUCUCGCUGCGCAGUGAACUCUUCAAAUGGUACUUCUUUGUGGAUCCCAGCGAGGGAAAUCGCCUGGCUGCGCUUCGUUCGGGCAGUCCCAGCUCCUCGACCAGCUUCUGGACCAUCACUUAUGUAGAAGAUGCCCUCAUCUUUCGCCAGCGCGACCUCACACUCUGUGCCGCUGAAAUGCUUGACAAGGAACGACGCCUAAUCAAGAUGCUGCCGGGACAGAUGCAUACGCCUCCAUCACAGGCCUGCCAGUGGCUGCCCGUGGACUGCGCCCCGCCAAAAUGAAAGAGAUGGCAAUAAAGUAAAAAUUUUGAUUUAUUCCGAAAAUAAUUUCUUUUGUACAAUGCAAAUUUACAGAUGUUCGGGUCCAGUAAAACAAUAUCCAGAAAGAAAGUUAAGAACUAUACCGAGUGGAGCAAUACAGUGCGUUUCAGCAAAUCAUUGUUAAGUAAAUGGUUAAAUGGCUAAGAAAGUGGUGGUUAAUAAUUGAUUGUAUGUAUGUGUCUGGUUGAGGUCAGUUAUUGAAUUAAAUCAAGUGUAUUUAGUCAGUCAGUCAUAAAGUAAGGCGAGAUACUCUUUCGCAAAAUAAUUGUAGAGGUCGGUUCCAAUGGCUAGUCGCGAAAUAUUAAGUAAGUACUCAUUUUCGUUUAUAUGUAGCUAUUUGGUACGAGACAAUUUUGAAAAUUAAAUGAAAAUGAUCGCAUGCGUUUUAGGUGUA